AGGAACUCGAGGCGCAUCAAUUCGGACAAAGAACGCCACGGUGGCAGCAGUGAAUGGCGAAGUGCGCAAAGAUUCACAUUACGAGCGGAAGAAUGGUGUCCGUAGAAACGCCUGAUUCUGCCACACAUGCGAGAGCUCUGCCAGCACGCUUCAGUACAAAGAAGGGAGAUGCUGCGAGCCAAGAUUUGCGAGACGCGAAGCAAUCGUCCAAAGCUUUUCUCCGCGGCCACACUCACGCACGAAAACGAAUGAAGAAGAAGGAGAAGAAGGAACAGGAGUACCUAAGAAGGAGAAGGAGAAGAAGAACUCUUCUAUACAGACGCGUGCGGCGAGCUGCGGCGGCUCAUGUGGCCAGUGCGAGGGAAACGCGUCCGGCGGCGCCCGUCACGGACCGUCCGCGGACUUGUGAAGGACAGGCGUGGUCCCCCCGGCAUUUUUAUUUCCUGCCACCGCGCGGUGGAAUAUGUGCCGGCAUCUCCCACGCAGCCAAAGUUUUCGAGGUAUGGGGGAAUGUUGUCGUUGAAUUAUGUGCGUGGCGAAGCAUCCGUGAUGAUGCUGCUUUUCGGGACUCGGCUGUGUUGCUCGUGAUGAGCUUACUAAUUCCAUUGAUUGCAGGGAAAAGCGGAGAUGGAGGGGGGAUGAUUUGCGAGCAACGCUUUCAUAUGACUUUCAUAAAUGCGGCGACGAGUCGUGAUCAUCCUGGAGCGCAGGCGCGCAGGAGUGAGUUGCCAGAUCUCCUUCCUCCUGGCAGACGAAAGAAGGCGUGUGAAUUAUCUCCGGCGUGGAAUCUCACAUUUAAAGGGGGUGGCGUUAAACUUGCGUGCAUGGAAAGAAAGUGGAAAGAGGGUUCAUGCAUUGAACUAUCGAUGCACGAGAGAGGGUGUGAAUUUCCUUGUACCCGAACCGGCGUGAGGGAUUGAGCAAAGACAAAAGAAGGAGAAGAAGAAGAUGAGAAAGCAUUAAAAAAUCGAUCGAGCGAGAGGAAGAGAAUUUUCAGUCCUUUCGGCUCGAGAACCUUGCCUGCUGCUCUCACUUGAAGAAGAUGAAAGAGAGAAGCAAAAAAACUGUGGACUCCCCAGGAGGAACUGACAAGAUUCGUCCUCGAAAGAGAGAGCUUUUGCGCGGCACAAAACUUUGUAAAAUCCUAUAAUAUCUUC